GCCCACCAUAUUUCUUUGUCAGGGAAGUGCUGCUGCGGCUGCUGCUGCUGCUGCGGCUUUCCUUCUUCCUCACCCCUCAUUUACUGCGCACGGAUCUUGAAGCUGCAGCAAGCAUUCGCCACCUUCCCCACAGAUCUAAUCAAUCCCAACCUCCCUUCCUUCUCUCUCUCUCUCUCUCUCAAUCAUAUGACGUAAAGCUCAAUCAAUCUCGAGAGAAAAAAAGGAAAAACGCCCAAUCCGUGGCCACUUUACUGUCCUCUCCUCUCCCUUCGCAUCUACUGCACUCACCUUCCCAUCCCCCCUCUCUCUCUCUAGAUCUCUCCUCGUUUCUCUCUCCUUCCCCCGCGCCCGCGCGGUCGCCCAUGUGUCGCAUUUGCCAUUUGCGCUUCUGGGUCGCGGCGGGCUCGCCCUGAGGGGACGCCGGAGGGAGCGGGGAUGAGCAGGAGCGGCAGGGAGUACCUGUUCGGGGGGAGGAGCGGGCCCGCGGGGCCGCAGAGCCACCACCGGCGCGGGCACAGCCUGGUCGGCGUGACCUCCUCCCGCAACGCCGCCGCCGCCGCAGACGAGAACCUGGAUCUCUUCUCCAAGAACCGCCGGAGCAUCUCCGUCGCGUCCUCCGACGAAUCCUCCGACGCAGCUUCUUCGAUAAAGCUAGGGAGGCUUUCCGUCGGAUCAGUGGCGAAAGUGGCGCGCAGCGGGUUGGAUGAUCUGCUUACAUCUACGGAUGGAGGGAAGCACGAUUACGACUGGCUUCUCACUCCUCCUGGGACUCCUCUAUUUCCUUCAUCGGAUGGAAAUGAGUCUCAAUCAAACACAGCGGUGCCAAGAAGCAGUUCCAAUGUCCGAUCAACCUCUACAACCAAGGUCUCCAGGUUAUCUGUUUCACAGUCAGAGACCACUCAUUCCUCCAGACCUACCAGAAGCAGUUCGGUGACUCGCCCUUCUAUCUCUACUUCUCAAUAUAGCACCUAUUCUUCUAAUAGAUCAUCAUCAAUUCUGAACACCAGCUCAGCCUCAGUCUCAUCCUACACCAGACCAUCUUCCCCACUUACCCGCUCUUCCUCUGCGGCCAGACCUUCCACCCCAUCUGCCCGUGCAACUGCAUCACGAUCCUCAACUCCUUCAAGAAUUCGUCCAGUCUCCACAAGCUCCUCUAUUGAAAAACCUCGACCAUCACAAAACUCGAGGCCUUCCACUCCAAGUUCAAGGCCACAGAUUGCGGCAAAUAUAAGUUCUACCACUCCUCGAUCUAAUUCUCGUCCAUCUACCCCCACUCGUAGGAGCUCUGCACCUUCCCCAUCCCCAUCAGCAGGCACGUCAAUCUCUAGUGGGCGAGUGCUUUCAAAUGGUCGCAGUGGAGCCCCUGCAUCAAGACCAAGCUCUCCAAGCCCACGACUUCGAUCUCCCCAACAACCUAUUGUUCCCCCUGAUUUUUCUCUGGAAACGCCACCUAACCUUAGAACCACCUUACCAGACCGGCCACUUUCUGCUGGUAGGUCGCGUCCUGGUGCUGCUGUCACUGUUAAAGGGAACUCAGACAUCUUGGGGCCAGUAAACGCAACAAGACGGCAACCAUCACCCAUUACUACCAGGGGAAGAGUCGCAACUGCAGAGUCCACGGGAAGAGGUCGAGUCCAUGCUAACGCGACUGAUAUAGUCGAGCCCCGUAGAUCCCCUAAUUCACCAGAGUUGGGAAUGAGAAAGCCCGUGAAAAGUGUGACAUCUCUUAGUGAGAGCACUGGAUUUGGAAGAACUAUCUCCAAGAAAUCAUUAGAUAUGGCUAUCAGGCAUAUGGAUAUAAAAAAUGGAGCAGGAGGCAACCGGGCACUUUCAGGCACCACCCUUUUUCCUCAGAGUAUUCGGUCUUCUGCUUCGAAGAACCAAUCAGCUCGCAUUUUCAGCGCACCGCCAUCCAUCAACGGCAAUGGCAACCAGCACAACAUGAACGACGUAGUCUUUAUGGAGAAUGGCAGCAGAAUGAGAACUCCACCAGUCGGUAGUGAGGCGGGCAGUGGAAGGUACUCUGCCAAAUUGACAGAAGUCGAUAUCUACGAGAGCUCCCGAUACGAUGCGAUGCUGCUCAAAGAGGAUUUGAAGAACACAAACUGGCUCCACAGCUUCGACGAUAAAUCUGAUCAGGGACUGAUCUUUGAUAACGGGUUUGAGUCUCUGCCCGAACCAUUCGCUCCCUUAUAGCGACUGAGAGGCUGCACCCUUCCUUACAACUCUGGUUAUUUAUUGGUCGGAGUAUUAUUUAUAUCUCAGUCCUAAAGCAGGCAGCUCUCGGACAGAGAAACAUGAAAAGUGCUCAAGUGUCCUCAAGGAGAAAUCAGCUUUGAUGUGGUCUUUUGUUUUGUGGCCAUUUCUCAUGGAGAAAUCGAUGUUUUCUUUUUCUUUUCUCUUUCUUUCUAUAGCAUCCUACAGUUUUCUUGGCUUGGGCAGUGUAGGAUCAGCAACGCAUUAUUGAAUGAUGGGUGAUACAGGGGGAAGUGAAGAACUUGGUUUGAUGGAUGUGUUCAUGAAAAAUCGUAGUUUAAUAAUUUAAGCAUUUCGGGCUUCUUUUUGAAUAAAAUGGAGGCGCCGUGUGCACUGGCCAAAA